CUGGCGGGAGGGCGCUUCCUUCUAGAGCAGGGUCCCGACUAGGGGCCACUUGGGUGAGGUGAGGCCGGGUGGCAGCAGUUGUGGCACUGUGCGCAGGCGCGGAACUGACGGGACCGACCCGGCGGCGGCGGCGCAAGCCGGUUUAAAAAGACCCUUUUUUCCUGAAAGAACUCAUUUGCUGCUAUAGUUUCAGAAUGUCAAGUACUGUGGCCUACUGGAUCUUAAAUUCUGUAAGGAACAGCGUUGCCACAUUUCAAGGGGGCAGACGUUUAUAUUCUAGGUGUAUCUCAAAUAGGAAUAAAUCAAAAUGGAAGCUCUUUUCUCAGGUGCCACCCACCCUAAAAAACAGUUCCCCAUGUGGUAGCUUUACUCUUCAGAAGGCAUACAGGCACACGUCCACGGAGGAAGAUGAUUUCCAGUUGCAACUCAGCCCGGAGCAGGUAAAUGAAGUGCUUCGAGCUGGUGAGUCAGCCCACAAGAUUCUUGACCUUGACAGUGGAGUCCCAAAUUCAGUGUUGCGGUAUGAGAGCAACCAGCUGGCUGCCAAUUCCCCAGUGGAGGACCGGCGAGGUGUAGCCUCCUGCCUGCAGACCAGUGGACUGAUGUUUGGCAUCUUUGAUGGACAUGGUGGUCAUGCAUGUGCGCAAGCAGUGAGCGAGAGGCUCUUCUACUACGUCGCAGUGUCCCUGAUGUCCCACCAGACCCUAGAGCAGAUGGAGGAAGCGAUGGAAAGCAUGAAGCCCCUGCUGCCCAUGCUGCAGUGGCUCAAGCACCCAGGGGACAGUAUCUACAAGAAUGUCACAUCAGUGCAUCUUGACCACCUCCGUGUCUAUUGGCAGGAACUGCUUGACCUACACGUGGAAAUGGGCCUGAGCAUUGAGGAAGCAUUAAUGUACUCCUUCCAGAGACUGGAUUCUGACAUCUCGCUGGAAAUUCAGGCCCCCUUGGAAGAUGAGAUGACAAGAAAUCUGUCACUCCAAGUUGCCUUCUCUGGAGCAACAGCCUGCAUGGCCCAUGUUGACGGAGUUCACUUGCACGUGGCAAACACUGGUGACUGCCGGGCCAUCCUUGGUGUCCAGGAGGACAAUGGCAUGUGGUCUUGUCUGCCCCUCACCCGUGACCACAAUGCCUGGAACCAAGCCGAGCUGUCCCGGCUAAAGAGGGAGCACCCCAAGUCAGAGGACAGGACAAUCAUCAUGGAUGACAGGCUGCUGGGUGUCCUCAUGCCCUGCAGGGCCUUCGGGGAUGUCCAGCUGAAGUGGAGUAAAGAGCUACAGCGCAGUGUCCUGGAGAGGGGCUUCGAUACUGAGGCCCUCAACAUUUAUCAGUUCACCCCUCCACACUACUAUACUCCCCCAUACCUGACUGCUGAGCCUGAGGUCACGUACCACAGGCUGAGGCCCCAGGAUAAGUUCCUUGUGCUGGCCUCAGAUGGCCUGUGGGACAUGUUGAGCAAUGAGGACGUGGUGAGGCUGGUGGUGGGGCACCUGGCCGAGCUGGAUUGGCACAAGCCAGACCUGGCCCAGAGACCCACCAACCUGGGGCUCAUGCAGAGCCUGCUGCUGCAGAGGAAAGCCAGCAGGCUCCUUGACGCUGACCAAAAUGCAGCCACACGUCUGAUCAGACAUGCCAUCGGGAGCAAUGAGUAUGGGGAGAUGGAGCCGGAGCGGUUGACAGCAAUGCUGACAUUGCCAGAGGACUUGGCAAGAAUGUACAGGGAUGAUAUCACUGUCACUGUGGUGUAUUUUAACUCAGAAUCAAUUGAUGCGUAUUACAAGGGAGGUUAAGAGUCUCCCAUCCUAUUGCCAAGGUUAACAUAAAUGCUCUUCUAAAAUAUUUUCACUUACUCUUAAACUAGCUAUCCAAACCUUUCUGUUAAAAGAGCAGUCAGAUGUAGCUUGCUAAACAAUUAACUAACAUGAUGGGGGGGAAAAACAGCCUAGGUUUAAAGACAAUAGCAGUGAUUUUUUUUCUCCCCAUGUUUUGAUCAACUCUUAACACAUACAGAGGGCAGAACAUAAAGACUAUAGAAUAGGCUUGGGCUUGUGUAGCCCAAGUGCUUUUACAAAGAUACUGUUAAACGUGUCAGCCUGAGCCUUCAAAGGGUAAAUUUAAUCAUGAUUCUAAGAAUAAAGAACUUCAGGAUCUUCUGAGCUCUUGCAAAAAAUCUGCAAAUUUAAUAAUUGCCCUGAAUUCACAAUCAUGGACUUCUAGACUAUGAAGAGAGCUUUUAAUUUGUUUUUGUUUUUCGUUUAAAUUACUAAAUCUAGGUUUACAAAGCAUACUACAGCACACUUUUGUGUGCAAUAGCCUGACUUUUUUGUGAUUAUACUUACAAAAACAUUUUGUAAUACUGCAUUCUAGUUCUCUUCUAGUUUAUCUUAAAACUGAAUCCUUAAACUUGC